AUGACCCGCUGGGCCCGGCGCGGUGCCGCCCGGGCUCUGCCCGGCACCCCCUGGGAGCGGCUGGCGCCGGCCGAGCCGCGGGCCGGGGGCAGCAGCAGCAGCAGCAGCAGCAGCAGGAGCAGGGGGAAGGAGUGCGAGAACCAGGACGUGAACGGGCUCACGGCACAGCGCGGCCGGCAGGAGGAGGAGGAGGAGGCGCGGAGGAAGGACCGGCGGCGGGAGGGCCGGAGGAUGAGGAGGCAGGAGCGGAGGAAGAACGCCAUGGUGUGUUUCCACUGCAGAGAACCUGGCCACGGCGUGGCUGAUUGUCCUGCAGUGCUGGAGAGCCAGGACAUGGGGACAGGAAUUUGCUACCGCUGCGGAUCCACGGAGCACGACCUCAGCAAGUGCAGAGCCAAGGUGGACCCAGCUGCUGGGCCUUUUCCAUAUGCAAAGUGUUUCAUCUGUGGUGAGAUGGGGCAUCUGUCAAGGUCGUGUCCAGAUAAUCCCAAGGGGUUGUAUGCCGAAGGUGGGGGCUGCAAACUCUGUGGCUCUGUGGAGCACUUCAAAAAAGACUGCCCGGAGAAGCAGAACGCAGAGCAGGUGACAGUCGGGCGCUGGACCCCCGGCCUGAGCGCCGACCACGAGGAUGUCGCGGCUGCGCCGGCGCCGCAGAGCGCGCAGCCCAAGCGACCCAAGGUCGUCACCUUCUGAAAGCUCCUGGCUCUCAAACUCCUCUCCUGCACUGCCCCACUGCGCUGCUGGCGAUGGAGAAAUCGAGCAAGCUGCAGAGGAACUGUUGGUUUUCUGUCUCCCCUCGUUUUCCCAGGUUGCCUCCCAAACCUGCCUGGCUCACUGUAAAACUGGCAACAACAGCACAGCAAGUGGCUGUUUUAUUAAAGGAAUUGUGGGUGUUUUCUAAGGGUUCUUGUUGGAUUCCUGUUUGGUUUUGCUUUUUUCUUUUAGGAAUAAUGAACUUAUUCCUCCAUGUGUUCCAGCUUGAGCAGUCUUGUGGUGAAGGUACAGGUCAGCCCUGUGGGCUGCCGAGCUUGGGGUGCAGCUCCUGAUGGUUGUAGUUGUUACUGUCAGCCAUUAACCUGGUUGGGCAUACACACUGGGUUAUUUCAGUGUGUUCACUUGCAGAAUACAGCCUUUCCUCUGAAACCUGUGGUGAAACACACCCCUAAAGAAUUGGAGAGCAAGUGAGAAGCUCUCUUGGUUUAUUUACUUUUUUUUUCAAAGAAAAUUCUCAAAAAUGUGCAGUGUUUCCGUGCCUUGGUGAGCUGGGAGUAAAUCUUCUUUGUAAAAAAAAAUUAAAUUUUCUUUGUAAAAAAAACCCAAAACAACUGGUGGAUAUUAAACAGAAAAAUUAAGAAACCCACUCCAAACAGAGUUUCUGCAUCCGGCAGUAUUACUGGAGAAGUGCAUCCCUGACCUCCCCUCACAUACUCUUCUUGCAGCCAAAAACAAAUAUGGGGGAUUAAAUUGUCUGGAGAUAUUUUAUAUUUGUACAGGCAAUUAUUUUUAAUAAAAUGUUGCUAAAGAA